GUUCUAAAGCAUUUAACCUCACAAAAUUUUGGCUCAUUUUAUUUGAAGUGUUAAAGUCGCCGAAACCAAAUUUAAGUUUAAUUAAUUUUCGAUAUAAUAAUUUAUAUAAGUAAUUAAAAUGGCUGAAAUGAACUCAUAUGAAAUGUUUGUACAAUUACACAUGCCUCAACUAGAAUCGUGUGCUAUUCCUCAACACUUUUGGAAAUCACUUCAUGCAAAAAUAAUAGUUGAAACUUUCGAUGCUGGAGAAGUAUUUAAUCUGCUGUAUUUUGAUUAUUCAGACCACCCACCAGAGGUUAGGGAUAGCGAAAUGAAUGAAACAUGCAUGCUAUUAGCACAACGAGAAAUUAAAGCUAACGAUACAAAUGCUAUAUAUCUGAUCGAUCACGCAUGGAGUUUUCAAAUUAACGGCAUGCGACAACAGUUAGAACAGUACAGAGCAUUAACUGAACGUUUAUGCGCAAUUGCUGGCGUGAGCACGGUAGAUCCGGCACGUAUUAAUAAAUUAAUGAGACGCCUUUGGAAGUACUCCAACUCAUACACGAUUCAAACGCAACGGACACCAAAUCAAAAUAACGGUUCCGUUUGGUACGUUGUAGAUGAAGUAGGUUGUGCCAUAAAACAUUCAGAUAUACCCAAUUUUCGUUUGGUACCAUUUUUAUAUCAAAAUACCAAAAUAACAUACAGUUUGUUGUUUCCCAUUAGAGACUGCGAGGCGCAGCAGCAAGUUUACUGUGAUUUUCUUGAACAUAUAAGUAAAGAUGAUCCACAUCGAAUAGCUUUAUUAUUGCCAUGGAUACCUAUGGAUCUAACAGAGAAAAGUUUUGUACAAACUGAGCCUGGUGCAGGUUAUUUUACUUCCGGUCAUGUUAUAGAGACAUAUCCAGUAGGUUCCGAUUUAAGUGAUCCAAUUAUAAAUCGAAAUGAGCCAUUAAAAGUUUAUUCCGAGUAUACAGUAUUACGUGAGUUUCUUACGGAUGUUAGUUUUGCUUUAGUUGAUAAUGAACGUGAUGCCGAUGUACUCUGGCUCACGUCACAUUUCAAAGAUUUUGCUGAACUGUCCGAGGAAACACCAAACAAAUUUAUAAAUCAAUUUCCAUUCGAAUAUGUUAUAACCAUUAAGGAUUUGUUAAGUAUAACAUGCAGGCGCGCUGCCGCAGAGCACCAUAAUGCCGAAACACUUGAAACAUAUCCCAACUGGCUACCAACUACUUACAAUCUUAAAACAGAAACUUUAGAAUUUGCAUCUUACUACCAAAACCGAGUUGUGAAACAGUUCGAUAACCAUUGGAUUAUCAAGCCCUGGAAUUUAGCUCGUGGCAUGGAUACCCAUAUUACAAAUUAUAUUGACCAAAUAAUGCGAAUAUCUCAAACAGGUCCUAAAAUUGCACAAAAAUAUUUGGAACGUCCUGUACUCUUUUAUAGAGAAGAGCUCGAUACAAAAGUUAAAUUUGAUAUUAGAUAUGUUCUUCUGUUGAAAAGUGUCAGUCCAUUGGAAGCAUAUGUACACAAGAAAUUCUUUUUACGCUUCGCAAACAAACCGUUUUCAUUGGACUCAUUCGAAGAUUAUGAAAAACACUUUACUGUUAUGAACUACCAAGAGGAAGUCGAAUUGCGCCAUAUUAAAUGCGAAGAUUUUGUUAAUAUCUGGAAAGAUCAAUAUCCCAAUAGUGAUUGGGCUGGUAUUGAAGAUGAAAUAUGUGCAAUGCUGCAUGAAAUGCUUACUUGUGCAACCAAAAUGCCACCGCCAUGUGGCAUUGCGCAUUCCCCACAAUCGCGUGCUUUAUAUGCGGCAGAUAUUAUGCUAGAAUGGAAAUUAGAUGGAAAGACAAUGCAACCGAAAUUAUUGGAAAUAAAUUGGACACCAGAUUGCAAGCGGGCCUGCGAUUAUUAUCCUGAUUUUUAUAAUAAUAUAUUCAAGCUUUUAUUUUUGAAUGAAAGUAAUGAGGAAUGUUUCAGACUACUAACUCCAAGUUAAAUGUAAUGGAAAAUUUAAAAAAUGUUAUAUUUUGUAUUGAAUAAUUGAAUUAUGUAUCCUGUAAUAUUUCUGAACAGAUAUGAUUUUGUAAUUUUUAGAAUUUAAUAUUAUGCAUGAAAAAAUAAUAAUC